AUGUCCGAGUUAGAUAUAAACUCUGAGGACCUAUUUUUUACCCAGGAUAAUUUAUAUGAAAUUGAUUUACUGGAAAAGUCAUUGUUGAAUAAAGUAGACACGUUAUGUGACAACGUAUACGAUUUAGAGGAAGAUUUGUGUACGGAGAGUGGGGAUGAGAAUAUCCCUCCCCCAAAAAAUCGAAGGCGUCUUUGUAUAAGAAGCGAUUCGGAAAGUGAAUGUGAUUCGGUGGAAAAUUUUGUCACUCAAAAUGUGGCUCUUAUGUCGUCAAGUAGGCCACAAAAAUGGAGAGAACCAAGAGGACUCCAACCAUCAGUGAUUGCAUUUACGGAGCCAACAGGUAUCAAGAAACCGUAUGAUAUUGAACUACGAAAUGCAGACCCAGGAGCCUAUUUUUCAUUAUUAGUCUCAGACGAAAUUUUUGAGGAAAUAGCUGAUAAACGAAGUGUAUUCAUGCUCUCCACUAAACACUCUAAAGGAUUUGCUAGUGUGCAUAAAAAAGGAAAAGUGAUUCGAAAACCGAAGAUGGUUAUAGCAUAUAAUAAAGCAAAAGGAUCUGUAGACAUGAGCGAUCAGAUGAGCGCGUAUUCAUCACCAUUAAGAAAAACCAUAAAAUGGUAUAAGAAAUUAGGCAUCGAAUUAAUUUUAAAUACGGCUGUAGUAAAUGCCUGGAUCAUGUUUUGCGAAAAUACAACUCAACAAGGAAUUGUAGAAUUCCGACGUCAAUUAGUAGAAUAUCUAGUAGACUCUGGUAAAAAUGAAUCUAUUUCUAAGAGACCUAAAAGACUGAAACAUACAUUAAAAGCAAAGGAAGGCAAAGUAAGGCAAUCCAGGCGCUUCUGUGUAGAAUGCUACAAAACCAGUGUCACGACGUUUGGAUCAAGACUUGCUAAAAACAAGGCAAAAAAAGUGGCAACCUAUUGUCCUGAAUGUCCUGGACUACCCCACUAUUGUCUUCAAUGUUUUAAUAAGUGCCAUCGGUAUUUGUAA